UUGGGGCCGGGUCAGGAGCAGACAGAUGGAGCGUUCAUGUGAACUAAGAUAAAUGACAUGUAAAAGUCAUGCAUUAAGUUAAUUUGCUAAGAUGUUUUUAAUCAUUUUCUACAUCAUCUAUUGUGGAAACAAGGGUAUUGCAGGGAAAACUCAGAAGUACAAUGAUAAUAUAAAUAAAUGAUAUAAUUUGGAAAGUCUUGACGGGCCAGAUUAAAAAGCUGAACGGGCCGCAUCCGGCCCCCGGGCCUUAGUUUGCCCAUGCCUGCUCUAGGGGGUAUGACAGAAAAUAAUUACGGGCCACUGCUUGAAUAGCUUUGGAGAUCACCUGUUUGAUCACUGAUGUGUGUGAAGUUCACAUCACAUGGACACAGAAGUUAAAAAGGGAUUCAGACAAAACAGAGAAGAGGAAGUACGUAUCUCUAUUACUCUUUUAAGGAAAAAAACGAACAGGCAACAAAGUUCCAAGUGGUUUCAAUGUCUGUGCCAAUAAGAGGAACAAAAAGUUUCUCCAAGCCUAAAAUCAAAUGCCCUGACACUCCCUGUUUCACAACCACUGUGUAACACUGACUGAAACUGCAGUUACAUUUUCUUACCAGCCAAUUCCACCCGCUCCCUCACUGAGUGUGGAAUUUUAUUCUGGAAGUCACCCACUGAGUUUUUAAAGUAAAAGUGAAAGAAUUCUGCGUGACUAAAUCAAUAUUAUUUUAAAAUACAGUUAUUCAUCCUUGAUGACUUUAUGUCAUGUUUUAUGUUAAAGAUAAGUAAAAAAAACUUCACUCUCGUAGACUUUUGAAAUCUUUCUGUUUUCAUCAUGUGACUCUGUGUCAUGUCCGAACGUGCCUGAGUCACUGCAGAACACACAGAGAUACUGACUGUGCCUACACACUGAAACUCUGGCUCUUCCUGCACAAUGGCCUCAGGGCUCUGUAUGAUGACAUCACACAGGUAACAGGUGACUCCACCGUGUGAUGUAUGAAACUCAAUUUUGAACCCCUCACUAUAACAGUUAGUAAAUGUUAUUUUUAGAGGUGUGAUGUCACACAUUUAUAUAAAACAACUCACGUGUUGUUGUUUCUGAUUAAAAGAACAAAAUGUUCCUUUGUGUAAAUGUGAAAUGACAUAUUAAUAUUAAAACAUAAAAUACCAUCCAAUACAUUUUAUUUUCAUGUAUUUGUUUACAAGCACAGGUUGGAAUCUGUCUCACUAUUCAAAAACGUUUAAACCAGUGGUUCUCAAACUGUGGUACGUGUACCACAGGAGGUACAUUUUCAGUUGAAUGAAUCUGAAACAUAUCAUGCACAAUUAAUUCAACAUGUAAACAUAAACAUCUUUAUAAACAUCUCUAAUAGGUAACAGCUAAUAGGGAAGGCCUAUGCUCAAUGUUUUCUCAGGUGGUACAGAGUAGAAAAAGUUUGAGAACCACUGGUCCAAACAAUUUAAAUACAAAUGAUGCAACCAACAACUUGACUUUAUCCUCCACAGUUCUAACGUCUUUCAUUUAUUUAUGAUCUUAUAUCUUUGUCGUCUUCUUUUGCAGUUUGAUUUUACUUUUCUUUAUAGAUCUGAAUAAUGUCCCAGCCCAGAGGGUGGGGUGAGGGAGCCGUUACUGUGUGGUCUGGACCUGUCUGACGCUGCAUGCUGACACUUGUCACCCAAACUCCCUCUGGCAGUUUCUCAUGAACUCGACUGUCGUAUCUUUGUAACUUCUAUCUGCUUUGACACAUCUGUCAUAUCUAAUUUUUUUACACAAAAUAUAAAACAUCCACUGACAACGAAACGAUAUCAGUGUCUGAGAAAGUUUGCUUUACAACAGUGGGGGAGAUUGCAUGCACUCAUAUAGGUUGUGUAAUUGUUGAAUGACCGAGGCUAGUAUCUGUUUGAGGCCUGGGAGGACGAACAGAUCUGGACUAAUCUCACCCUGAAACCAUCUCUCCUCAAAGUCUUAAUUGUAAAAAUUCCUCUGUGCCUCCUUGUGUGUGGAACCCAAUCUCCAUAUCCAAGCUGAAGUAGCUUUAAUGAUCUUACCUUGGAUAAAAUAGAGGCAUUAUAGUCCUAACGGCACUUUUUGGCUCCAAAACACUGCCUCCAUUCAUUUCUGAAACAAUCUGAUUCCCUCUCUGCCUCUCUUUGCCCCUUCUCACUAUUCCCUCGUCUUUUUUUGUGCAACAGUGUGUCAACUGGAAUCACUUGGUAUGGUGUUUGCCAGUCUCUUCCACCUGAUGUCUGCUGACUGCUGUGGAUGACUGUGGAUGAUUCCAGUGGGACGUGGACCGCAGACAGCGAGGGUUCUUCACACACCGUACAGAGAGAAGGCCUCAUCCUCUUUGGACCUUUACGUACCAACUCAGAAAGGAGUCUACCUCCCGUCCCAUGGCUCUACAGGAGCUGGGCAUCAGCCUGUCCAUGAUAGGUGUUGCUGGGACCAUCUUGAUCUGCUCUCUGCCCAUGUGGAAGGUGACGGCGUUCAUUGGCACCCAUCUGGUGGUGAUGCAGGUGUUCUGGGAAGGUCUGUGGAUGACUUGUGUCAGUGAGUACACAGGUCAGAUGCAGUGUAAGCUCUAUGACGCCUUGUUGGACCUGUCCCCGGACCUGCAGGCGGCACGAGGCCUCAUCUGCAUCAGCCUGGUGUUAGGAUGUUUAGGGUUUCUGAGCGCCCGCUGCUCCAACUGCCUGGGCCACCCGGCCAUCAAGGCUCGCAUUGUUCAGAGCUCUGGUGCCAUCUUCUGCCUGGCAUCGCUGACCACUGUCACCGCUGUUGCCUGGACAGCCAACUCCGUCAUCACCGACUUCUACAACCCACGAGUCCCCGAGGUGCUGAAGAGAGAGCUCGGUGCUGCUAUAUAUAUAGGCUUUGUCAUCUCUGGCCUACUUUUCUGUGGGGGCGCCAUUCUGUGCAUUAGCUGCCCUCCACAGAGGGCCAGGUACAGCAGCAGCAGAUACACACAUGCCAGGAGCUCCCCUCAGAGCAGCUACGCCAUCAAGAACUACGUCUGAAGAGAAUGAAUAAAUUGGCCCAGUUAGAGCUAAGGAGGAACAUAACAUAUCAAUGAUCAUUUUAAUGUAUGUAAAGAGACUUGAACAUGUAGUCAGUGACACGAGCAUGUGUUUCAGAGAACUGCAGUAUACUCUGCCUGCUUCAGCUGAGGAUAUGAAGGCAUGUCAGGAAAAUAAGAAUGACGUCAGUAAACAAAAGACCCAGGGUUUGUUUGGUGUAAAGGUUUAUGAUAAUAUUAAUUCAACAGAAAACCAGAUUUUGUUGAACUAUCUAUGUGUUUUGAUUCUCUGUAUGUUGUUUGAAAGGAAAUGCCUCUGUAUCUUUUGAAAUAAAACGAAAAAAGCCAAAAAUGUCCAGCGUCCUGUGAGUAAACACUGUUCUUUCACUGUUUAACUAAAUCAUUGACGCUUGUAGUUUUUGUGGUUGCACUUAAAUGUAAACAAGGUCUAUUAGCAUUGGUCUAUUAAACAAUAUAUUUACCAUAAGUCAGUCAAUAUUGGUGUUUAUAAUAGGAUAAUAUCGGCUGAGUUUGUAAUCACUGCCAUGCCUUCCUAGGAGUAAAUAAUGUUUUCUUAACCAUAAGU